AUGGGCACUGGCUCUCCAGAUCGCCGCCCAGCGCGGCGAAGGAGGAAAUACGCCUAUCUUUGGGUGGUCACUGCCGUAGUGGGAUCGGGCUUGCUAUUCCUGAUUCUGGGCCUCACUGUUUUCAAACCCAAGCAUCUCGUCACCGCCGUUAACUCCUUCUCCCUCGCCCACUUUGAUUCCUCCGUCGAUAUACUCAAACGCCGCGUCUACCUGAAUUUCACCCUCGACGCCCAAGUCACCGUCGAGAACCCUAACUGGGUCGGUCUCAAGUACGCAAACACAACCGCUGUCCUCAGGUACCGAGGCAACGACGCCGGAGAGGCCCCCAUCCCCGCGGGAGAGAUCGGCGCGCGCGACACCCGCAUUCUGAACAUCUCGCUUGCGUUAAUGGCGGAUCGUCUUCUCGACGACUCUGAUUUCUAUUCCAAUGCCAUCUCCGGCACGUUGCAUUUCCAGAAUUUCGUAAGAGUCUCCGGGAAAGUCCGCAUAGUUUUCAAUAUUCACGUCGUCGCCUACAGCACCUGUGAUCUGGACAUCCAUCUUUCCACGGCGACGAUCACUAACAAGACAUGCCAUUACAAGACUAAAUUAUAG